GAAAUGGCGGACAGCAAGCAUGUUGUGUUGGAGCUACAGCAUUUUGAAAUUUUAGGAAAGAGCGAAGAAAGGACAUCAUGAUGGCUGCAGUGGAAUUUUUGUACAACCCAUUGGAUCCGUAAAAUGUCCUCUCGAAAGCUACGUCGUGUGCGUGGUGUACGACCAGAAAUCGUGGAAAGACUCGCAAAACAUAAGAUAGUCACGUGCAAGGUGAAAUAAUUUAAGCUUAUUGAUCAGUACAAAAAUAGAACUGUUUAAAAAGGUAGCAGGCCUUUGGUUAUUUCUGAAACGCAGAGAACACUUGAUUUAUGGCCUCUUCUGUGUACUACAAAGUGAUUGUAUUAAGAUGAUGAAGAUGAUGAUGAUGACGAUGAUGAUGAUAAUGAUGAUGGUGGUGGUGGUGGUGGUGGUGGUGGCAGGGGCGGUGUUCAUGACUACAAUGACAAUUAAGAUGAUGAUUUUGACGAUAGGAUAUGAAUGACAACAAUGAUGAUAAUAAUGUUGAUGAUGAUGAUGACGAUGAUGAUGAUAAUGAUGAUGAUGGUGGUGGUGGUGGUGGCGGUGGCAGUGGUCAUGACUACAAUGACAAUUAAGAUGAUGAUAAUGACGAUAGGAUAUGAAUGACAACAAUGAUGAUAAUAAUGUUGAUGAUGAUGGUGAUGAUGAUGAUGAUGAUGAUGAUGAGGCCCUGCCAGGGCUGGUCCCAUGUCACCCUUUUUGAAUUUUAAAAUAUCUCGUGUCAGUGUUUAUAAAUGCUUGUCACUUAUUGUCGGCUUUGCCGUCACUGUCUCAGUUUGGCCAAGGGAGGUUGUCUCUUGUCUUGAUUUCAUUUUAGGCGCUGUCGCUACUUUUUGGGCCAUGUCGCUUGUCGGAAUUUACCCUGGCAGGGCCUCAAUGAUGAUGAUGAUGAUGAUGAUCAACUUUGUUCCAUUGGUUAGGUUGGAUGAUGAUGAUGCUGAUGGCAAAAUCGGCUAGAGCACAGAGCCAGUUAAUGGAGGGUGGGAUGUUCCCAACAUUUAACUCGAGUAUAGAUAUGAACUUUAUUUGCUAAUGUUACAAUCCCAGGAGCGCCCACACUCAUUGAUCAUACAUCUGACAAUCCUGUAGUGAUCCUUAUGGAUGAAAUUUAAAUUUGAUUUUUUAAAAUAGGAUGUACUGCAGAGGAAUAUUCUGGAGCUCCUUAAGUCCACUGGAACAAGUUAUCAAGAGGUUUUAGAGAUUCAACAAGCUGUUAGUUGGUCCAUUAUUCCUAAGGUGCAAACAGUAAGUACCAGGGCUAGGCCAUGUUGUUGUAGUUUUUCUUCAUUGUUAAGUAUGGACAAAAUCACAGCCUUGUCAGUUUAAUUACAAAGGUUAUUAAUUAGCUAACAUCCAGCUACUGGUCUAUCAUCAAUGCUGCGUUCUGAUUGGUUGAGCUACUACUAGGCUAUAUGUUAAAGCCCACUAGUAGUGAAAAGCACCAGCUUUUUGGCUGUAAAAAGGGAUUAAAGUCUAGCUUCAACUAGCUAAAGUUGUUUUGUCUCGAUAUUUUUGACCAACUAGUUGGAUUUUACUAAAGCAACAUAUUUAUUCCUCUCGCCCUCAUGGCCUCUCAGUCAAUAGCCCGUUCGGCCUUUGGCCUCAUGUGCUAUUGACUCAGAGCCCAUUCGGGCUUGAGUAAUAAUUAUUAAGUAUCAAACUUCAUCAUGCAAAUUGAUAUGAAGCUGAAACAAGUCAAGCCAACGUUUUCCAUGCUUUACUUGUGAAAUAGGGAACAUGGCAUUGAUUAUCACUUUCACAAACUCAAACCUCACCUUUUCCUAUUUUUUAUUUAGGGUAUGCUACCUCUUGAAGUCCUUGGAAAACCCUCAUAUUAAAUUUUUGAUUUUAAAAGUGGGAAAGUACAUGUAUGCAUCUCAAACUUGUUAUGACUUCUCUUCCCCUUGAAUGCUCUUAAACUUGAAUUUUAUAACCAAAAACCAGCACAAACCCUCAAAAUGUUACAUGCAAUAAUAAUAACUAACUGUUGCAGCUACAGAUCUCAUUUUUAUUCUUGGGGCGAAAUUAAAUUUUCUUAGGCUCUUUCUUUACUUGAACGAUCUGGACGUCAGCGGUCAUUUUUCCCUACAUCCCUGGAAGAUCUUGAUAAACAGCUUCACGGAGGACUUGCUUGUGGUACAAUCACAGAGGUACGUAAGCUCAAGACAGGCAACCAUUGGUUUCAUUCCUCAAUCUGUGCAGUAUCUUGAAGAUUUAAGUUAUAAUUGUAAAUAACUAUAUUAAGCUCAGAUUACGAUUGUACAGAAUAAUUCUACAUAGAAGAUUUUACUCUUAAAUUUUAGAAAGAAAUAAAGAACUGAAUAAUAGAAUGGGGCUGAGUGCCUCUAUAACCAUGUAACUAUUGUUUUGUCAUUAUUUGAAUGCAGAUAGCAGGACCUGCCGGAUGUGGUAAGACUCAGUUCUGUAUCAUGCUUAGUGUGCUAGCAACUCUGUCACAGGACAAAGGAGGGCUGGAUGCUAGUGUCAUCUACAUUGAUACAGAGGCUGCCUUUAGUGCAACAAGGUAGAGAGCUUUUUGACUGAAAAAAAUAAUAUUGUAUUAAGCAUUGGAAAUAGUCAUUUUCCUAAGUUUAUUGAUUCAUGCUUUUUGUCUUAGAGUUUUAAGGGAAAAGAGAGGUCUUUAAGGGGAAAGAGAGGUCUUUAAGGGGAAAGAGAGGUCUUUAAGUUUUUCGUCCUUUUUUACUACACUGGUCUUAUCAUAAGGGAUGGGAAAAAAUUACCAACAAUAACUAUCACAAUAAAAGCACUCUCAUUUCCCUAUAGAUAUUUUGUUCUUCUAGUAUUACAAUCGUACACAAUUUAUUGGAUUAUGGGAAAGCCAGACAGUCUCCUGAUAAAUUUCUGAAAAGAACUGGGUUAAACAAAGACUGAUAGGUUUCUUCUACUAAAAACUAGGUUUCAGAGUGUUUUCAAAAGUAGCUACUUGGCAACUCUCACUCCCAGUUAGUUAGGCAUAAUGUCUUGAUUCCCCCUUGGAUUGGAAAAUCCGCAGGGGUAUGAGUGUCAGUGAAAAAAAAUGCCUGAGGAAAAAAUUCUCCUCUCAUCAAUCCAUUAGGGUUUGUCUUGAAAUAAAGUGACUAUCAUUUUUGAAAAAUUAUCCCAGGUUGGUUGAAAUGGCGUCCAACAGAUAUCCAGAUGUUUUUAACUCGAAUGAAUCACUGGUGCAACUAUCAGAAAGAAUACAUGUGUAUUGGGAAUCAACCUGCACCUCAUUAUGGGAUAGGUAAGUUAAACCCUUAAAUUCUAGAAGACUUCAGGGAUCAGCAUAAAAUUUCUCCUCAUAAUGUCUACUGAUCAUGCUUUCGAAAACAGGUGGUCACAAAAAAUGGAGACAUUAUCACACAAGAAGAUGAAUUUAAUUGAUACUUUUGCAAAUUCUCUAAUUCUCUCAUUAGUUCUACAGAAAAUGUAUGUUGACAAAAAAAAUAUGAAUUUGAAUUUUGAUAUCAGGGUUUAAAGGCUUAGCCAUUGUCAUAGUGGAACCCUGUAUCCAUCUCCCACCUUAUGAGACACCUCUGUUGAAAGCCAGACAAGAGUAAUCCAGUACCAACAAGCAUCUGAUGGGGUGACCUAACUACAGACUUGCACCCUGUCUCUACAUAUGUGUUUUGGGGAUGAGAGAAGAUUGGCACCAGGUUGAGGAGCAUGGGGUGUCGUGGGAAGGUACCUCUUCUCCUCCCUGCCCCCCUUCAAUGUACAGAUUGAAAGUCCCAAAAAUUGCAUAGUCAAUGGUAAAUUUGAGCCUCUGAAAAAAAAUCCACUUUCAAUUCAACAAACAUAAUUUUUACUACACCUAAGAUUUUACUUGGAAUGAGUAACAUAUGAAUGAACAUUACUGUCAGGCUUCAGAGACUGGAAGAAGAGGUGAUAUCUAAGGGAGUAAAGCUUAUCAUCUUGGAUUCCGUUGCAUCACUUGUCAGAAAGGAGUUUGAUAGCAGAGUUUCAAGAAACUUGAACGAAAGAACUGCACUUCUUUCCAAAGAGGCAGCCAUUUUAAAGUAAGAGUAAUAUACAGUCAUCAUUAAAUUCAAGGAGACCUGGUCACUAGAGAGAAGAAGUCAUUAUGUCAUGUUGCCAUGGUAGCAAAAUUUCUGGAUGACAAAAAAACGAAAACGUCGCUUAAAAGUGAAUUUGCACUAUUUCAAACCUCAUUGAUCUUACUCAAUUUCGUUUAAUUUGUCAAAUGUUGAUGAAAUUAUCUGGGGUUGAAUCUGAAAGGACCGUAUCUAAGUUAUGAAAAAGAGAGAGAAAAUUUUUUUGUUGUGUUCAGGUACUCCUUGAAGCGGGCAUGUGAAAUUAAGAAGCUCUAUGUCACAGUUGUGCAGCAACGGCUAAUAAGUGAACAAAAACAACAUGAUCACGUGCAAAGUUGUUGUUUUGCUAAAAAAAUUCUUAUUUUCUUGCCCCUCUUGUUGCCGUUGCCACCCUAAUUACUUCAGCUCCUUGUUGUUGUGAUUUGAAAAUUUUGACGUCACACUUUUUCUCUCUAUUUUCCUUUUGUUUUCCUAUGAAAGUUGGCAAGGGCCAUCCUCAUAGCGGGUAGGGGAAAUCCCCAGCCACACUCCCCCCACCCUCCCCCCCCCCUCCAGGUGGCCUGCAGUGCAGGCGUAUUUUGGCAGGGAAAAGUUUGUUUUUGUUUGUAUUGUUGUAGCUGCCAUCUUUGAUUUUAUGACAGAGGAAGAUGGAGAGAGUAGAAAUAGCAGCCCUGAGGGUUUGCGAGGGUAGGUGCGAGGGCAAUAGAAGGAGAGGUGGAAGGGGGAGGGGAGAAAACAUUUUUACUCUUCUUUUUCCCUGCCCCCUCCCCCCUUUGACUCGCUUCAGUUCCUCCUCUCUUUUAGAGUUUUAAUAUGGCGAAACAAAAAACAUUCGCGCACCUACAUUACCGGCUAAGCCCAGGCAGCCCUUGAUUACAGUCUAAAACUGUAAUCCUUUGCUUUAGCCACAGGUGGUACCUCAAGUGCCCGUAAUUAAAAAAAUUGCCUCUUUUCUUUAGUUGCUUCACAAUUUUGUUCUUCAUUUUAGGUACCUUGCAGAGACUUUUCAUAUUCCGGUAAGGAAUUUUGGGAUUCGUGUUUUAUAUUGAUGCCUCAAGCACCCAGUUGUAAAAUCUAGGUGCCUGAAACAGUGGUCUAUAGAAUCGCGGCUUUAAGCCUUUAUCCGCCCUGGCUACGCCCGUGAGACUCCUGCGCGCUUAUGUCAUCAGAGAGAUUAAGGUACCACGUGAUCAAGUUUCCCCCUAAACUGUUGUCAACUGUUUAUAACUUCUACUAAAAAUAAGUCGUUUCACGCCAUUUUUAUCCUUAAGAAUUGUUCUGGACAGUUUUUAUCUGCUUAUUUUCUAUUCUGACAAAUUCUCAACUUGUAUCUGACGUUUGUCGUUUGCCGUUUGCCGUUUGCCGUUUGCCGUUUGCCAUAAACGUCACUCUUAAUCUCUCUAAUGAUUCAAAACAGUGAUAGUCGUCAUUAACAACGCGGCACGUAGAUGUAAGCACGAACACCAGCUUUUCCCCAAUCUCUGAUGAAUGUAGACAGAUGUUCCUGGUUUUCUUAGUUUGACAGUAAAUGGGGUGGCGUUGCAACAAUCUUGGACUGAAUAAAGUGGAACAGCAAACUCCCAUCCCUCGAAACCCUAAGAUGAAGCCGCGCAAACGCGGGGUUUUAUAAACACAUUAUUCUGACUGCAAAUAAUGUAGAACAGUACUGUUGAAACUAGUGCAAAGUGCAGAAAACUAUUGUGAGCCUUAUUCAAGGAAAAUUUUUUUCUCUUCGUGCAGGUGGUCGUAACAAAUCAAAUCACAACUCGCUUCGUUGGCGCGGGAUCUGGAGCUGGUAAUUCCCUGAAUGGAGUCGAGGCUUUACAAGACGUAGACGGCGCGGAUGCUGAGCCAGAGGAGGAGGAUGGUAGUCACGUGACCGCAGCCCUAGGAAACACGUGGUCACAUGCGGUGAAUACUCGCCUCAUUGUGCAGUAUUUAGACGACAAGUUUCGACAGGUAAAAAUAGAUCGGAAUCCAAGGUUCUUUUUCUAGGGAAUUCAACACUCGCGCAUUUCCCUGGUAAAUAGACAUCGGUUGCCCCUAAAAAUUGUGCAUAACCUAUGUUUUUAAGAAACGGUCCAGUUAAGAACGAUAGCACGGAACGGCAACGAACAUGUUGGAAUGCAAAAAAGGUGCUAACUUUUCUAUUGUCUGUACUUUCUUCUGAUUGGCUUAAACAGCAAAAGUUAACAAAACUUCAUAAAGCAGUACAUAUAUUCAUCCUUACUUUCCAACCAUCUUCUAUAUAACAAAAUCUGGUCUCAGUUUGAAUAACAAAGAAAUCCUAUGUGGGGAACAUGUACAAUUGUAAACUUUUCUUGGCUAUUGUUUUCAACUCUUGUGAUUGGUCAAAAUCUUUUAACACAAAAAAACACCCUUUUCAAAGUGGAGUGUAAAUGCAUUUUAUUGCGUAAACGGCCUUCAUGUAGGUUUAUGCAUUCUCUGUGUAAAAAUGAGAACAUUCCUAUGUGGGGAAAGCACCGUUGCCGCAUAACAAAAGAAAUUGCUAUCCACCUUACUCGGAUCAUUACUUAAUUUCUAUAGAGACAAUGCUAAUUAAAAAUUUUGGGGGGCAUACAAGGUGUGUUAUGGGAAAUACGCGGGGGCGAAUAAAAUUUUGUAUACAGCUAUUUCGAGAAGGGUUGUCGGAAAAAAUGUGCACGCGACAAUCCCGAAAGGUAAUAUGGGAUAUGAUCAAUACACUGUUCCCGCCUUGGCAGCUGUCGGACCUACUUUUGUUGCUUUCCUUUAGCACUCGCAAACAUAAGUCCGUGGCCUCUGCUGCCAUUCUAUCCUGACUUUCUUUGAAGAACAGUGACCUCAAAAUCACCCACAACACCUUCCGGGAUUGUCGCGUGCACUUUUUCCGACAACCUUUCUCGAAAUAGCUGUAUGCAUCAACCACACAGUUCUUGCUGCCGGAAAUGCUAACACCAGUCAUCUGUGUAACGUGUGCGUACACUACGGAAAUUUUGAGGAGGCAAAAGGAAACUUUUUAUCUGGCUAAAAAUUAAAUAUGGUGUAACUACAAGACCAUUUAGACCAGGGUCGUAGCUUAGGCUCAUCUCCGCCGCAUUCUCGAACGCGGGCUUCUUUCUCGAACAGGGGCUCAGUCGGGUAGUCGAGCCUAGUCGUAGCUCAGUGUUUUCUCAGAGUAAAGGUCUAUUUACGUAAGGUGGCUCGAUACAGUUUUUCAGGGUCAAUACCUCCAAAGUUUGAGCAUAAACCACGUUUCCAUAAACAAAGAUUCGGAAAAAUUGCCACCACAGUUGUAUUAGAUAAAGAUGAAAAUUUGUCAUGAUCAGGGUUGCAACGACAUCGGAGUUGUCAUAGCAACGAAAUGACGCUAUUACCUAUUUUGCUUGCAGCAGUAUUUCAUAGCACUGGGAACUGUUCUUCCAAAAUCGUUCACGGGAGCUUUUUCCUCCAAUAGUGGCCUCGAUGUUCGUGAAGUUUAAGCGAAAUCUGUAAGAGCGUUAUCGAGAUAUUUUGGGACGUAUUGACCCUGAAAAACUGUAUGGAGCCAUCUUAACUUUAGCAAUUGUCGCCUCUAUGCUAGUUCAAAGAGUUUUUCAAAUAUGUUUGUUCUCUCUCUCUCUCUGUUUGUUUGUUUGUUUCAAAACAGAUUUUAAUAUCCAAGUCGCCGUUAGCCCCCUUUGCAUCUUUUGUCUACACAAUCCAGGCUAAAGGAAUAGUUUUGGAACACCAAAACGUGACGGGUCCAGGUUGGUGUAAAACUUUAGAAUACCGAUACCUCAUGUUGGGUUGGGAUAAGCUAACAUUUUCACCGUCUUAUUGUUCUCUUGCUUUUUAUGACCUGUAUGCACCGCAGUUUUCACCUUAAGAUCAUCAAAGCUAUCUGUCAUUGCUGUGUGACUUUCUAUACGAAAGAACUGAGAUCAGAUCACUGAUAUACUUCUAAAACGUGGUUAUGUUCAGCAAAAGAAAAUACAGUCGAAGCUCCACUAACGGCCACUUUUUUUCUUCCCAGCUGGCAAAAAUUCCAUACAUUGACUCUUGGUUAAAACCCCUUCACAACGACUUCCUCUUUACAAUGGCCACUUUCCUCUGACCCCAAGGUGGCCGUUGUAGAGAAGUUCAACUGAAAAAGCAAACUCGUCAGUAAUAAAACUGAUCAUUCCAAGAUAUAACUAACUUAUUUUUUGACAACUUCCUUAGUCUUUCUUGCAUCUCCUACCCCUCAGCGCUGAAACUGAUACCCUGCGAGCAGAGGUUUCUCUCUUGCAUGGCUUUUAGCGUUUACGAAGUCGUUCGCGUGACUUGUCUGUUCAACCAACUACUCGACAAACAAGCCACGGGAACGGCUUCGUAAACGCUAAAAGCCAUGUAAGAGAGAAAACUGUGCUCGUAGGGUAUGAAAUUGAAGAUCUUUUUUCUUUUUUGCUUUUUUGUAGAACGAGGUGGAAAUCCAUCCCUACAGACAAUUCAAGUUCGUUCAGCAUUUUGACGUGAACAGUCAGAACCCAUUCAUCACAAAAUGUCACAUGGAUUGACAUUUGAGUCGAUCCGUGCCAGUGACAUUUGGACAGUGCAGUUACAGUACCUUGUUACCAAUAGAUAUGCGACCGCUGGCCGCGACGCGCCGAAAUCACCGACUGUCUGCACGUUGCAAUCAGAUCACAGCUCUUGUCGCGCGAUAAUUCUUGUGAUGAUAUCUUCGGUAAGAACCAGCCUUAAGACAGAGAGAUGAAAAAUUAAAAGUGGUGUAAGAAAUGUUUCAAUUGAACAGAUAUGACAUACGUAAUAUAUAGCGCGCGGUGAAGUUAGACUAUGCAAGUUAACCUGAGAUCAGGCCCAAUUUUAGCGGUUCUCAUACAUUCUCUCUAACGGCUACCGCUAAAAUUGGUUUCGCCAUGCCCGCCGGAAUGUAAUUUUCAAAGCGAAACGAAAAUAGAGCCUGAUCUCAGGUUAAUGCAAGUGCGCGUGAAAAUCGCCCGGCACUACUGACAAGAGGCUAUACGCGGAAAGAGUACAGAUAGUGAGGGACCUUUAUUUUCGAUCUUGCUUGCGCGUGUUUUCUUUCCUCACGGCUGGCGAUACUCAAGCACGCUUGGGUGUUUGACUCGCUCCAAUAUCGGAGAGGAGACUAAGGCUCUACUCAUAGUGUGUAUCGAAAUACAUGUAUGUGUUCCACUAUACGCGUCUUAAUAAAUCGAGAAUCUGGAAUCAGUGUUUGAACAAAAACAGCUAUAAAAUUUUAACAACGCCAACGCGACUGGAACAACUAUUAUCUGAUUUGAAUGAAAAGCGCGCUGCCGGUAAAGCCGAAAGUAUCAAAAAAAUUUUUUCUUGCGUUUCUUGCGUUGUACUUUUUGUGUCUGAAGUUGUAGUUUUGAGAGUAGAAUUACGUAUCUCAAGGACAAGAGGAAAAAUAGUCAGGGGUCUUAUAUUAAGGGUCGGAACAUUCUUUUCGUGGAUUAGCCAGAAGUUGGGGAACUUUAAACCAGGAUAAUUUCUGUGGUGUAUUGAUCCUCCUCAAGUUCCUCUUCACGGUAUAUCACACCAAGUUGAAUGUAAAAUAGGCCGCACAAUGCUCUUGAACAUUGUUAUUUAACGAGCACAAGGCUUGACGUGGAAAGGCUGUAAUUCCAAUUAGUAAAAAGACGUGGAGGUACCUUCUGAGGUACUGGUCAUGUAGUAUCUUGAGCUAAAAGGUGUCAAAUCAUACUUUUACGUGACUUGCGGUACGUGACGUUACGUUUUUGCUUGCAUUGCAUAUACUAGUAAUCCUGCCAAGCGCUUCCUAUUAAAUCUCCCCAUCGUUCGUGAAUAUAUUGCGUUGAGGAAUGAGCAACUCGAAAACCAUACCCUAUCCCGGAGCACGUAUCCAUAUAGUUUAUAUACGGGAGUUCCCCCACCCCAACCAGGCAGAAGUGGGGAAAACUGAAAAGAUCUGUCGGCCGGCGGUUCGGAUAAAAAAGAAAACGUCCAGUACCAGGAGCCCAUAAGCCGGUACCCAUGGUAACCA